AUGAGCAGCGCCGGAGAAACCACCAAGCCCCCCAAGAAGCAGCGCAGCAAGUCUGCCGCUGCUGCUGCUGCAGCUGCUGCUGCUGCUGCUGACCCGGCGUCAGCAUCGGAACAGCCGGAGGGACAGUCUGUUGCUGCCUUCUGCGUAGCAGCUGUGGAAUCAAGCAGCAGCAGCAGCAGCAGCAGCAGCAGCAGCUCAAGAGCUGCACGUUUGCUGCCUUGCUGCCGCGAGGGAUCGACUGUGGGGCAGGCCGAAUAUCUAUGGAGGGCCGACGGCACAAUCUCUAAAAUAGCUGUAUCCAGCAGCCUCACGCUGGAGACAUACUCGUUGCCGGAUGGGGUGAGCGUACAUCCGAAUUGCGGCUGCUGCUUCGCCCCUGCAGCAGCAGCAGCAGGUGCUGCUGCUGCUUUUGUAGUCGCAGGUGCAGCAGCAGGAGAAGUUGUUGCUCUCAAGCAGCGCAGCAGCAGCAGCAGCAAAUCACCUGCUUCGCCAGUGCCAACUGCACCAACUGCAGCGUUGAAGAUUGCUGCUCGUGCUGAGGUAGGAGGCCGUCUGCUGCAGCUCUUGCCGCUGCGAUUGCAGCAGCAGCAGCAGCAAGAAGAAGAAGAAAAAGAUGAAGAAGAUGAAGAGCAGGAAGAAGAAGAAAAGACACAGCACAGGGAUGCUGUCUUGGCUGUCAGUUUGCUGCUGCCGAAGAAAGGACACAGCAACAGCAGCAGCAGCAGCAGCAAAAAGCAGCCUUGCUUGUUGUGCAAGCUGCUGGAUGCCCAUACGCUGGAGGUGCUGCACACGUCUCGUGUGGUGCUGCCGCCUGCAGCAGCAGCAGCUGCUGCUGCUGCUCCCCUGCAAGUUGAGGCAAUGGCGCUGCCUCCAGCAGCAGCAGCAGCAGCAGCUGAAGCCGCUUGGCCCCGUGUACUGCUUGCUGCUGCAGCAGGAGAUGCGGGCGUGUUCUGGUGCUCCUUGGGGCUGCAAGAAGCAGCACCAAGCAGCAGCGGCAGCAGCAGCAGCGUAGACGAGGGUGUGCUGCAGCAGCUGGAGCUGGGAGGGCAGACGCCGCGGUGCAUCAGCUGCGUUCCGCCUGCUGCAGCUGCUGCUACUGCUUCUGCUGCAGCAGCAACUGCUGCUGCUGCUCCCCAGCCUGUGCUGCUGGUGGAUUCAGUUGAAGGCGAGCUGCUGGUCUUUGGUAUUGACGGCGCAGCAGGGGACCGUUUGCGCUGCCUGAAGCGGAGCCGGCGUUUGCUGCGUUCCGCUGCUGCUGCUGCUGCAUCUGCAGCAGCAGCAGGUGCAGCAGCAGCAGGCGGAAGUAUCGCGCUGUCUGCGAGGUGCUGCAUGGAGUGGAGUGCAGCACCAGCAGCAACAGCAGCAGCAAAGGGAGACGCGGCUGGGAGCUGCUGCUGCUGCAUGUUUUUGCUGCGGGAUUUGCGCUGGCUGACGCCUUUGGGCUGUACGUACACCGUAAAUGUCUCUUCGCCAGCUGUGCACUCGGUGCGCGCCUUAUGGAAUCCAUCACUGCAGCAGCAGCAGCAGCAGCAGCAACGGCUGCAGCCACUUCCGCUGCUGUGGGAGUGCGAAGAGAAGGCUUUUCUUACCCGCUGCUACGCACAAGCACCAUGCACAGCGGCAGCUGUUGGCGGCUUUGCAGCAGCUGGCGUCGUUCGCAGUGCUGUAGUGGAGGUGCAUAAGCAGUUGCUGCAGCAGCAGCUGCAGGGCCUCAGCUCGCAGCAGCAGCAGCUGGCUGAGCAGCUUCUGCUGCUGCCGGCGUCGCGUGUCAGUGCAGAUUUGCUGCAGCAAACUGCUGCUCCCUUUUUAGCUUCGCGACAAUCCAGGCGCCAGGCUGAAGAGACGAUUUGUUUGCUGCUGCACAAACACAUUUUGCUUCCUCACCGCGCGCUGCUGCAGCUGCUGAUACACUGCGACUUCAAAGUUGCUGCAGCUUGCACUUUCUGCUGCCCAGCCUUGCGAGAAGAAGAUGCAGCGCUGCUGCUGCAGUGGAGGCCUCAGCUGUUGCAGGCGCUGCUGCAGCACGCGCAGCACUUCAGGGCUUCAGUGCUGGCAGCAAGUUUGCUGCAGCUGCAGACGCAGCAGCAGCAGCAGCAGCACCAAAACGUUGUGGAGCAGGUGCUGAGACAGCUGAUUGAAUGGCUGCAGCAGCAACACUGCAGCGGUCUAGAGUCGGACCAGCACACGGAACUCGAGGCUCUGCAGCAGCAGCAGCAGCAGCAGCAGCAGGAAGAAGCGCCAGCAAUACCCCUCCCUGUUCUGCUUGACGUUUCCUGCGGAUUUGUUGAUGCGUUUCUGCCUGCGAGUUUGUAUCCGAGUGUGGAGCGGCGAGAAGCAGCAGAGCUGCAGAAGGUACGCGGUUUGCUGCUGCUGCUGCAGCAGCAGAUUGAUUUGCUGCUGCAGCAGUUCAAGCCACAAGAGGAGCAAAAGCUUGAAGGGAAACUGUUGGGGGCGCUUACAUCUAGACUUACCCCUCAAGAGCUGCCUGAUGUGCGUUUUGCUGCAGCGGGAAAGAGCCAACCAAGAGGCCCUCUUCCACAUUUCUUCUCUGCGCCUGUGAAGGCAGCAACUGCAGCAGCAGCUGCAGUAGGAGUUGCAGCAGCAGUGACAGUAUCUGCACUAGCUGCAGCAGCUGCAGCUGCAGCAGCAACGACAGUAGCUGCAGUAACUGCAGCAGGAGCAGGAAGAGGCGGCGCAGCCGCUGCAGCAGGAGCGGAAAGCAGUGUAGCAGCUGCCGCGGAAGCGAAACGCAUUGCAGCAGCUGCAGCAAUAACGGCAGCAGCAGCAGCAGCAAUAACAGCUGCAGCAGCAUUUUGA